GUGGCCAGCAGAGCCCUUCAAAUUCCCAUUGAUAAGAUCCACAUCAAUGAGACGAGUUCUAAUACAGUUCCAAAUGCCAUAAGCACAGGUGGAAGUUCAGGCACCGAGUUAUUUGGCGGUGCUGUUUUGAAUGCUUGUGAGAUCAUCAGGGAGCGAAUAGAUCCAUUCAUGAGACAGAACCCAAGUGGCUCGUGGGAAGAUUGGGUUGAAUCGGCUUACCUUGACAGAGUGAGCCUCUCAGCGACAGGGUUUUAUGUCCCAGAGGGCUCAGAGGGUUACGACUUUGACACGCACACCGGCAAUCCUUACACCUAUCACACUUUCGGAGCUGCCUGCUCACACGUGGAGGUUGAUUGUAUCACAGGAAAUCACGUGAUUCUGAGAACAGAUAUCAUGAUGGACGUUGGGAAGAGUCUGAAUCCAACUAUAGACAUCGGGCAGAUAGAGGGCGCUUUUGUUCAAGGUUGUGGACUGGUGACACUAGAGGAGCUGCGAUACACAGCAGAUGGCUUCCUGUGCACUCGUCACACUGGCAACUACAAAAUACCAGGUGUCAGUGAUGUACCAGUGGAGUUUAACGUUGCACUACUGCGUAACUCGGAGAACCCUCGUGCUGUAUAUUCAUCAAAGGCGAUUGGAGAACCACCAUUGCUGCUGGCCUCAACAGUUUUCUUCGCCAUUAAAAAUGCGAUCGGAGCGGCAAGAGAGCAGGAAGGAGUUUCUGGUAGCUUCCAAUUUGACAGCCCAGCAACUGUAGAGAACAUCCUUCUUGCGUGUCCAUCUACACUGCUGCCAUCUACAGCUGGAAGUCGUGCAUCUUGAGUUCUCUCCUAUACAAUAUUUUCUACUAUACUCAUUUACACAAGCUAUUGUUAUAAUCUUUCUAUAUCUAUAAGUAAACCAUGCAGUUUGAUAAUAAUUCCCUAAUCUUGGAUAAAACAAAAGUAUAUCAUCUAUUGAAAACUUGAUAUGAAUUGUAUUUUUUAAAGAUUUUUACUGUAUUUUUGAAUUUUUCCUAUACACCUAUUGAGCUAUAAAUUAAAGGCAACAUGGUGUGAUGAUGAAAUAUGAAUAAUAAAGGAUAAACAUACACGUAUGUUAAACACAUGUUCGUGAUGUUUUCAGUGUGUAUUUUGGUAUGAAAUAUUUCAUACUACAGCUGGGAAUUCACACUUCCAACUUUUAUUCAGAAAGUUAAGGAAAGUUGAGAAGUUGACAAACUUUCUGUCUAAAAGUUGAAAGUUUGAACUCCUUGAUGGUAGUAGUAGUAGUAAUACAUAAAAUUGAUGGGAGUGAUACAUUGUAAUGCCAAUGGUGACAUUGGUGAGAGCUUGGUAUAUAUGCAGGCAGUUGAUCCUGCUCUGUUCUUCAUACAGUCUAUCAAUUACUUAAUUAUCACUUGUACUGGGCCAUUACUGUUUCAAAUAUAAACCUACCCUUUUGCACAA